CGGAACUAGAAGCACAAGCAUUUCGCUACACUCGCAUUAACAUCUGCUAACCAUGUGUAUGUGACAAAUAAAAUUUGAUUUGAUUUGAUUUAGCAUGAGUGAAGGAUGCUUUGUUGCGAAAUAGGAAGCCAAUUCUAGAUUUAACUUUGGAUUGGAGAUGUUUGAUAUGGCCCAGCGUCGUCCGGGUUUGACUGGUGUAGGCCAAAUAAUCGAAUUGCCUAGUUAAAUAAAGGUUACAUGUGCCAAAGUGUGCAUAGCUAGCCAGGCUAUCAAUGAAGGUAUGAUGGUCAGUAAAGAUCGAUACAAGUCAUUUCAGAUGUAAGUAGCCUAUUCUUGACUUGUAAUUAUAAUAGUCUGAGCUAUCAGACACCCUAUAGCUUUUAUAAACAGAUCAUUAAAAAACAUUACUUUUGUAUACUGGAAGUGUACUCAAUUCCACCAUAGCCUCACAUUGAAAACUGGAGUCCCACUUCUCAAGUAGCUACAACUGGAUGACUCACACAGAAAAAGGUAAUCACAUGCAAUGAUGUGGACUGCUCUAGGGCAAACCCCAUUGUGCUGGAAUACCCUUGUGGAGAUCCGCGCCGUCCGUGAACGACUGCUCAAAUCAGUAUCAGGGGAUCGCCCUGGACGUCUAGCCAAUAGCGUAACUUGUUGCAAACGAAGUCAAUGCCAUUGUCCAAUCAAUAUAGAUGUAACAUUAGUAACCAUGCUGCAAUUGGAUAAAUUGCACAAGGGCGUUAUGCGGUCGCGCGAACGGUUCCAUCUCUGGCAGGUGGUGUGUUCGAGAGCAGACUAAUGUUUAGGAAGAUAGGUAGUUAAAGGAGAUACAUUUACCUUGAUUCACAUUUUUGCGUUUUCGGUGCACUUAAUAUUGUUUGCCGGACGCCGAGUUUGAGUGAGAUUAACGUCGAGUUUCCCCUUGAGCCAGCCACUUUCUGUUGAAAUUACACAGUGCUGCAUUGAGUGAGACAGAAGUGUGGUCAAUUACGGACAGGCCGGUUCCUAAGCACGUCCUCAGCCGGAGAGGAGCCAUCAGUUUCAGCUCCAGCUCGUCUCUCUUCGGCGCUCCUGAUCCAAGACAGCUGUCUCAGAGACGAGGGGCCAUCUCUUAUGACAGCUCAGAUCAGACCGCUCUGUACAUUCGUAUGCUCGGAGAUGUGAGAGUGAGAAGUCGGGUAGGAUUUGACCCAGAAGGAAAAGGUUCCUACUCAUACCUGUGCAUCGACUUCCGCACUCUACACUCCUACUCAGACUCUAGUCUGAUCCCUGGUCCUGGCUUCAGUUCGGCUGGGCCUGUGUCUGGCAGGAGGCUCCGCAGACUGCUCAGCUUCCAAAGGUACCUGCACUCCUCCCGUCUGCUCCGGGAAACACCCCACCUCAACCCCCUCCACAUCCUGGAUGAGGACUACACCGGACAGGCCAAGUGUAUGCUGGAAAGGGUCGCGACCUGGAAUUUCGACAUUUUCCUCUAUGACAGAUUAACCAAUGGAAACAGCCUGGUGACGCUGACCUUUCACCUCCUUAACCAGUAUGGUCUGUUGGAGCUGUUUCAGCUGGACAUGGUAAAGCUGUGGCGCUUCCUGGUCAUGGUGCAGGAAGACUACCACAGCCUCAACCCCUACCACAACGCUGUGCACGCCGCAGACGUCAUGCAGGCCAUGUACUGUUACCUGCGAGAACCCAAGCUGGCCAAGUCCCUGACGUCCUGUGACAUCCUCCUGGGCCUGUUGGCAGCCGCCACUCAUGACCUGGACCACCCGGGAGUCAACCAGCCCUUCCUCAUCAAGACGAACCACUACCUGGCCAAGCUCUACAGGAACUCCUCUGUUCUGGAGAACCAUCACUGGAGGUCUGCAGUAGGUCUGCUCAGAGAGACCGGCCUGUUCUCCCACCUGCCUGCUGAGGACGGGCUGAAGAUGGAGCACCAACUGGGUUCUCUUAUCCUAGCCACUGACAUCAGCAGACAGAACGAGUACCUGGGGAAGUUCAGGACACACCUGGACCAGGAUGACCUGUACCUGAGCAACGCUAACCACCGACACUUCAUCCUCCAGAUGGCUCUGAAGUGUGCGGACAUCUGCAACCCCUGCAGACCCUGGGAGCUGAGCAAACAGUGGAGUGAGAAAGUGACGGAAGAGUUCUUCCACCAAGGAGACAUUGAGAAGAAGCACCGACUUGAAGUCAGUCCACUGUGUGAUAGCCAGAGUAACUCCAUGGCAAACAUUCAAAUUGGUUUCAUGACGUACGUGGUGGAGCCUUUGUUUGCUGAGUGGGGCCGGUUCUCUGACACGCGUCUGUCCCAGACCAUGUUGGGCCACCUGGGGCUGAACAAGGCCAACUGGGGUGGGUUAGUACAGCAGGAGGGGUCCUCUAGCCCCGAGGAGCUGGAACCUAGCAGCCCUGCCUUCUUCACCAUGUCAAUGCCCACCGUCACCGAGUCAGAACCAGAGUCUGCUUCUGCUGCGGAACCCAUAGCUGUCACCACAGCAACAGCCACAGGAGAAACCAACUACAAAGAAAUACCUCAGGGAAGCAAAGAGUCCUGACACUCCAUGUUUGCCCUUAGAACCCUGACCCCUGACCCUUAACCGCCAGCCUCGACACAUACUGGGGAGAGGGUGGGAGGAGCGGGGUAUGGCCUUUAACCCCCCUACUCCCACUGCCCCACCAGAACAGUACUCAUGUUUUUGUUGCCUUUGCCUCCCAUAUUUGACAAACCACAGAUUUAAUUUAUUUCGUUUUAAAUUUUUUCCUUGGCAUACAUAGAUACUGCUGCUGUAUUUAGUAUUUUUAUUGGCUUAUUUUAUUUAUUUAUUUAUUUAUCCUCUGUAGUUUUAGCCUUACUAAUGUAACACCACCAUUUUGAAGGCGAAGUGCCAUUUUCAAACAAAGUUCUGUAGGAGGAUUUGAAACACACUGAGUAUUGAAGAGAUGCUCUCUAAAGACCGCACAGAGAUGCCGUGAUGUGUGUUGAUGCAUUUGUAAGGAAUCUUCUUCCUGAAGAUAAUGUGACAAGCCCAGUCCUUUUGCUGCCUCUAUGAAGACUGUUUACAGAUGUCUUGUUUGUUUAUCCUUGUCCAUUCGAAAUGAAUCAUUAUGGUUCAGCGAUAUGCCUUCUAAGCACAGAUGCGAAGAAGCACUAGUGUUUGAAUUGUCGACUCACUGCUGAAGUUGACUGAUGCACACACACACACACACACACACCAGAUGCCAUAAAGAAACACCCCCUGUGCUCCAUUGUAUUCAUCUCUUCCUUGCACUGCCAAAAGACUGAAAUAUUGGACACAACUUCUGUUCUGAGAGAACUUGGGUUAGACAGAAUAAUGGUAUUCUAGAAUAUAACUAAUAUGAAGAAGCAUUGUUGUCAGUGACUGUAGAGAAUGCAUGACUUCUAACCCUGGACCAGUCACUGAGGCAUAGUACACACACCCCAUCUGAAAACUCCCAUCACAACACCACUCACGCAGGGUGGACUGUAGGAGGGAAGUUUACUGUGGUUUAGCUACCUGUGAAACUGCUGUUUAAUUCUACUGAAUGGGACUCUCUCAGAAUGUCUCUCAUUAUCAUCAUAGCCACAUGAAACCUAGGACUGCUGUACUGAUGCCUUAUAACUAUGCACACUGCGCUAAGUGACCAAACCAGCUCCCUACCACUAGUUCUUCUAGUAAUCUCAUGAAGUACAUUGUGUGCUUGUCCUCUUAAUGCACUGUCUGAUUUUCUUUUGCCUUUUUGUGAGGAAAAAAAACUGAACUCAAACACAUUCUGUAUAUAAAUGUUUUUUUGUUUUUUUUACAUUCCAUCUCCAUUUAUACAUUUUUAUUUUUUCUGUAGACUGCACAAAGAUUUUAAUAACAGGUGCUUUUUCCUAUUUUAGCUGAUUUUAGUAUUUUCGCUGUAAGACUGUUUACAAUUUGUUGCGACAGCCAGUUUGGGAAGAAGACUUGUCAAGCCAUUUUGUACAGGAUUUGCCGUAUUGACCUUUUGAUACAUGCUUGUUGCCGUUUACAUUUUGAUAAAUAAAACAAGUUGACAUGAA